CCAUAAAAAGUAUGGCACCAACGGCCAUCUUUCUCUUCAUGAGGUGAUGUCUACGGCACAAUAGCGAUAGUGACAGUUGGCUUGCCUGUAGCCCAAAAUACCUGUCUGACAAAAUUUGAGUGUACCUGGGCAGGUCUACCUGACUCCGGAAGUGCGCAGUUUUGUGUUCUCAGCGGUUGAAAGUGAGGAACAUUUGUCUCCGGGGAUUGCAACUUUUAACACUAGACUGUAGCCUACUUCUUCAUACUUGGUAAGAGGUGUAAAAGUAUUUAAAAUUAAGUUACAAUUUACGAAACCAAUAACAAUCAUGAGUAAGAUUUCAAAAAUGUUCACGGGUUCGAGCUCAAAAUCUAGCUCAUCUAGCUCCUCGAAAUCGAAGUCAAAACAUCGGUCUAAGGGAGAGGCUACUCCUCAAGAAGCCAUUCAUAAAUUACGAGAGACGGAGGCUAUGCUUACUAAAAAACAAGAGUACCUGGAAAGGAAGAUCGACGAGGAAAUUGCUAUCGCUAGGAAGAAUGGCACCAGAAAUAAGCGGGCCGCUUUGCAGGCACUGAAGAGGAAGAAGCGCUAUGAGCAGCAGCUCACUCAGAUCGAUGGCACACUCUCCACCAUCGAGUUCCAGAGGGAGGCCCUGGAGAACACCAGCAUCAACACAGAGGUGCUGAAGAACAUGGGCUAUGCAGCCACGGCCAUGAAAAAAGUCCAUCAGAAAGUAGACAUGGAUAAGAUUGACACACUGAUGGAUGACAUUCAAGAGCAACAGGAUCUGUCCAAGGAGAUCAGUGAUGCCAUCUCACGGCCCUUUGGAGAGGAGUUUGAUGAGGAUGAGCUGUUGGCUGAGCUGGAAGAGCUAGAAAUGGAGGAGAACUCCAAGAGAAUGGCGAAGUUACCCAGCGCGCCUACGGUCAGGUUGCCAAGCGUGCCACAGUCCAGCCACCGCACUCCCUCAAGGAAGCGCGUGGAGGAUGAUGCAGAUAUGAAAAGGCUUGCGUCUUGGGCAGUCUAAGCUGCUUUUCUCCUGCUCUGGUAACGUCUUGAGCCGUCAGUGGUCAAAUAUGGAAGCUAAAACAGUCUCUGAGAAUGUAGAGCUUUUAAGAAAAAGUUUGAAGUUACACUAAUCACAUGUUUAUAAAAGUGAUUUUGCACUUUUAAUACUUGCCAAACAUUUACAUUGUAAUGUAAAAUGAAGGAUAAUUGUUGUGGCAAAAACUACAUUGUGCUGGAGAUGCCUCAUGUCCUCUCCUUACCUGUCAUUGUGAAUAUUGGUUCUUUUACCCUUUUACCUUCUGUACUAUGUUAUGUCAUGUAUUUGGUCUGUGGGAAUCAGAAAAAAACGUUCCUGUAAGAUUCACUGUGGUGUCUUUGUAUUAGGACAAAAUGAUUGAAGAUUUGCUUUUUUCCCCCUCUAGAUAUGUUAGCUCAGGUGUAUAACCACCACUUGUGAACAUGAGAUCGGUUUCCCUUGGCCCACAUUUUUAUGUAAAUAAUCUAAAUCAUUGAUUAUUUUAUUUGAUGAAGUAAUAAACAUUUUGAAAGUA